CUCUCGACGACUUUUACUCGAGAGACCCGACUCUUGUUCCCCCUCGAGUUCGCAAAACCUCUAACCCCUCCACGAAAUUCCCGAAGUCGCCCAAGAGUCGCCGAGUCCCUUUUCUUCCCGCCCCUUUCGAGAUACCUGCUCGACACACGAAGCAGCCCUCUCUCAAACGUCUUCCCGAGGGUUCUCUCUUCCGCAGCCGCCAAGAUGCCCAAGUCGAAGCGCAACAGAGUGGUCAACCUGACCCAGGUGAACAAGAAGACGCGCGAGCAGAAGGACAAGCUCUUCGCCAACAUCCGCGAGUCGGUCCCGGAGUACCAGCACUGCUUCGUCUUCGGCGUCAACAACAUGCGCAACAACUACCUCAAGGAGGUCCGCCACGAGCUCAACGACUGCAGACUCUUCUUUGGCAAGACAAAACUCAUGGCCAAGGCCCUUGGCCAGGACCCCUCCUCGGCCGUCGCCGACGGCAUCGACCGCCUGACCCCCUUCCUCGCCGGUACCGUCGGCCUCCUCUUCACCAACCGCGACCCGGCUGCCAUCCUCUCCUACUUUGACGGCGUCAGCCCCGUCGACUUUGCGCGCGCCGGCACCGUUGCGACCCGCGGCUUCUCCAUCCCCUCGGGCGUCGUCUACGCCACCGGCGGCGAGGUCCCCGCCGAGCACGACGUGCCCCUCGAGCACAGCAUCGAGCCCGAGCUGCGCCGCCUCGGCAUGCCCACGCGCAUGAUCAAGGGCCGCGUCUGCCUCGGCGACGCCGAAGGCGGCGGCGACGACUACGUUGUCUGCCGCGAGGGCGACGUCCUCGAUAGCAGGCAGACGAGGCUGCUGAAGCUGUUUGGCAUCUGCUUGAGCGAGUUCAAGGUCAAGGUCCUGGGAUACUGGAGCGCCUCCACAGGAAAAGUGACGGAGGUCAACCCCAACGCCAUGGACGGCGUCGAGGACGAGAGCGACUGAAAAACUUUGCCGUGGGACGUGGUAUGACCAACC